CAAAGAGUCAUGCCUAUUAAUUCAGUGAGAGAGGAGGAUAGGCGGAUGCGUCAAGGACAGCUGUCUGACAGCUCUGAAACUCUUGAGUUCCAUGUGGGCAAGAAAAAGAGCCUUAUGAAACAGUUUAGGGCAACAAUGAGAAAGUUAUUCCCUUUCUAUCAGAAGGCAAGGAAGAAGGCCAAGCUCCAUGGUGAUGAUGGCUCUCCAAAACCAGUGAUGUCUAAGACGACUCAGUCUGUUCCCCCUAAGUAUCAUGCCUUUCCAAGGGCUAUUCGGACCUUACCUUCUCCAAAAGUAUUUCCAGCACUGAAAAGGAAGAAGCUUUUACGGAACGCAUCAAUUCAGCUGGAUGUGAACAUUGUGGAAGAACAUGCACAAAGCAUGCACGGGACAAACACAGUUGUGCAAGCAAGACGGAUGAUGCGCCGCAUCUCAGUGGUGUCGUUGCCACCUGGGAUCCGAAAGGUUUCCUAUUUGGCAAAAAAGAAAAAUUUCUCAGUGUUCAAAAAGAAGAAGAAAAGUAUGCCACCAGUAUGGUACCAUUCAGACAUAACACUAGGGAAGCUUCAAAUGCAGGUGGAUAAUCUCUUGGAUAACAUCAGUGAAAAAUCCAUCCAGCUACUGGCUCUGAGAAGUGCAGAGCUGCAGCAGUGUGAGUCUUUGGGAGACAGGAUACUGCAGUCCUCCAAGCAGUUCCAAAGGGUUUCCUUAAGAACCACAAAAAAGCACAAACUGAAAAACAUGUGUUUUCCAUGUAGAUGCUGUUGCUAAUAUCCUUCUAUUUUUCUUUCUUUUAAAAAUAUUACUCAAGCUGAAAGUGAACCACUUGCCAAGACUCUUCUAAUAGCUGAUUAACCGUCUCAGAAAGGUCAAAGUAGAUUAAGAUUUGCUGCUACUGUCAAAGCCAGCAGCAAUUCAUGUUUUUGCUAUUUCUUCCUUUUGUUGGCCUCCAUAUUUCUCAAGAGCCAAGGGAGUGCGCCUCCGGGGGGGGGGGA